AUGUUUUAUGAUCUCAACGUCCCAUAUAGCCCGGAUGACCCAGAGGUGCCCCACACCCUGAAUUUCCUGGCUGAACUUGGUUACACUACCAUCGCUUUGUCUCAAACAAUCACCGGCAAACCCCCCAACAACCUCACACCGCCGCCUCUUCCACCGAACCCACCUAAAUCUCUCCAGCUAUUGACCCGCCUGAACUUGACUCUUUCGGACCCCGCCCAGAAUCAGCGACUAAAUAACUUGACUCAAGCAUACGAUUUGGUCGCACUUCGACCUAUGAACGAAAAAGCACUACUCAAUGCCUGCACCAACCUGGAAUGCGACGUGAUCUCGCUUGAUCUCUCGGUGCGCCUUCCAUACCACUUCAAAUUCAAAAUGCUGUCCGCUGCGGUGUCACGUGGUGUUCGCCUGGAGAUCUGCUACGGUCCAGGAGUCACAGGGAGUGGUGCGGAUGCUCGCCGAAAUCUUAUUGGGAAUGCUAUGGCCUUGAUUCGCGCCACACGCGGCCGUGGUGUUAUUGUGUCAAGUGAGGCGCGGAGGGCACUGAACUUGCGAGCUCCGUGGGAUGUGAUCAACUUAACAUGCGUCUGGGGUCUGUCACAAGAGCGCGGCAAGGAAGCGAUCUGCGAAGAAACACGGAAGGUUGUUGCUCUCGCCAAGUUGAAGCGAAGCAGCUGGCGCGGUAUCGUGGAUAUUGUCCAUGGCGGGGAGAAAGCCAAUCCAGAAAACACCGGAUCCAACCAAAAAACAACCGAGCCGUCGAAUUCAUCUGGUCAGAGCACUGAUAACUUGAAGAGAAAGGCAUCUAUUGGCUCCGAAGCCGUUGCCGAGGAAGCCGAAAAGCUAUCUAAACGGGAAAUGAAACGACGAGCGAAAAAGGUUCGCUUAGAAUCUCUGGGGGCAGAUGCUAGCUGA